AUGAUUCCCAGACGACACACCCAGACUCUAUAUCCUCUCCCCGAGCACCACAGCCAUGAACAUGACCACGACCAUGACGAUGAAGAAGAAGAUGAAGAAACAUGGAGUACUAUGGGUCCUCGAACUUACUCCGCUCUCCCUCAACCGACACAGCUCAACGGUAGCAGAAACAACCGGUCUAAUAGGUCACGAACUUCUUCAUCCGCUCAAGCGACACGAACUUCAAGCACUGCGGUCACUCAGUAUUCUAAACUAUAUUCGCAGUUUGUGCGCCGCUAUAGGUCUAAUGGAAUUGAAGAUACUGCAGAACCUGACGAUCCUCGCAAUGACCCUGAUAGCCACUAUUUUCAACGAGGACUAGGACAGUUGACUGAUGCAGGAGACAACAGUGAGGACGAGGACUCUGCUCAUGCGACCUUUGCGGUAGCUUCCGAUGCACAUGAUGGAGUAUCUACCGUUGUGCUUGAAGAAGAUCACAUACAGCCAGCUUCCCCAAGAGAACGGGAAAGAUUAGAAUGGCAGGCACUUCUCACCUCGGUACUUUCUGGAGACGUCCUUAAGUCAGAGAAGACGCGAAUCGCAGUUGCACUCAAUACUUUCGGGGACGAGCAGCACAAUAACCAUGUAAAUUUCUGGUUGGGAAUCCGGGCUAAAUUUCACGGUCGCUCAGUCGAGGAGGAAAAGAGAAAGCUCGAGGAACGGCGUCUACGAACCGUCGACGGCGUCAUCAAUGAAGUUUUAAACUUCACUAUGUCGCCCAUUGGAACUACAGAGACAAGUGAAGGGGGGGACAUCAUAUCAGAUGCGCUUACUCAAGUAACUACAAUUCUUCGCCGCCUGGAUAUCGUGCAAUCGUUAUAUCCCACAUUGAAAGCAUUCUAUCUCGACAAGCCAAUUGCGGCGCAGAGUGCCUUUCAAGCUCGAGCCGAUACUCUCAACACCUGGUAUACUGUCCUCACCACUCUUAAGCAUCAUUUUGCCCUUCUUCGUCGGUGGACAGGCAGUGAUACAUUAGAUGUCAAUCAACCCUUCACUAGUCAUGAAGUACCUAUUGGAAUGGGCAUGCGCGGACGCUCAACGGCGAAUGGCAAUCACCAUGCAGAUAUCGCGGACGGGAGCAGUUUUGUAGAGCGUCUUUUGAAAGAAGAAUCUAUGCAACUCACUUUUGAGAAGGGCUUCCUUGUAACGGUGCAUGCCUUCCUAGGAGCAGCUCGCGAUGCUCAGGUCAAUCUAUCUGCCCUAUUCAAGGAAAUGAAUCUUCCUACCUUUGAAAAAGAGCUGGUACCCUUAAUAUCAUUUCCAACCAAACUCGCUCAGGCUGGACUACGGCUGAGGCUGGAUUACGUGCAGAAACUGAAGGACCCUGAUGUUUUGAUUAUUGAUCAAAUGACAGAGGACCUAAAACUUAGUAUUGGUCUGGCUUGCACGCUGAAAAGACAAUACGAGGCGAUUCUGGCACCCGAUCCUGGUGGGAACUGGAACCUUCCUGAGUGUAUUAGCGAAGACUACGAUUCUACAAUACUGGAAGCCUUGGUCACAUUCUUCAAGUUGUUACAUUGGCAACUUAAAAGUGGAGCAAAGGGUAUAUUGUUCAAGGAAACCGACGUGCUGGAAGCUCAAUGGGCGACAUUCAAUGAUGUUAGUAUUACCACUCCUGGCGGUUCUAGUCUCGUUGCAGAGCAAUUAUGCUCAUUGACCAAUAAAUUGAUGGUCAGAGUGACAAAUUAUUUUGAUACCCAAGUUCGAGUACCCUUGAACACCAGGGAGGGCACUGCCCAUGCAAACCUUGAUCCAGAUCUGUAUAUCAAUGGCGCACAUCAACCGAAUCAUGUUCAACAGGAUCAAGUCCAGAGGAAAAUGACAGAUCAGCAAGUCAUCAGUUGGUAUAGCAAGAUCCUAGAGAGUGUUCGUCUUAGGUACAGAAAGCUUCAACGUUUUUCUAGAGUGCUUACCCAACGCUUCAGCAACUCUGCAGAGUACAGUCUUGACGAUAUCCCUUUGGAUGAAUUUAUUAACCUUCUCGUCAACUCCGAUCAUUUCCUAGUAUACACGCAUUCACUUGAGGAAGAAGGUGUAUAUGUUGUUGCUUCCAGCUCCCUGUUUGAACGACCCGAAGCUAUACGAAAGAUCCUGGAUGAAGCUUUUCAAGUGGAUGAACUCGGUGGUGAACAUGAGGGAAUUCAUGCUGUGGAGCACGUAGACGGACGAGGAGAAGAUGAAGCUGCCUAUCUCCUUGUUUUGUCACCACAGACGCAUUUCUUAUGGAAUGGCAGAUUUAUGUCACUCAGUAUACCGAAAAUAAACUUGGACACCAAAGACAACCGUGUACGAUUAAUAGCUGACGGCCCUCAACGACGGCUCAGUCUCGCCAAACAGGCUUUCGCGGAAUCUUUGGACUCUGUCGAGGACGACGGAGAGAUUGCGACAAACUCUUUACAUCUAACGUGCCUUUUUGAAACUCAAGCACAUCUUCCCAGCGUUAAUCGAGAACUGCGUAAGAUUGCUCGUGCAACAAACAGACUUGCAGAGUCUAUCGUCGAUUCAGUCCACCAUGUUCGAAAUUCUCUGCGUGUAACAAAUGGCGGUCAGGAACUACUCGCUAAUUGGUACCUCUACGCUUCGGAGCACGCACAACAUGCCCAUCGAUACAUGGACCGCCCGACUGUUCUCAAAUUUAAUCGGCUGCUGAUCAAGUUGGCAAUUUCAUGGGUUUCCUUUAUUUGUGAUGACUGUGAUCCAACCGAUCGUAGAACUUUUAAAUGGGCUGUCAACGCUCUGGAAUAUACGCUUCAUCGCACAAAGAGAGAUAUACUGCAUUUACCAGAUGGGGAAUUUGAAAUGCUGCGACAGAAAGUAGCAAGCUGUAUGACAUUGCUUAUCAGUCACUUCGACAUCCUUGGGGCAAGAUCUAUCUCUGAAGCUCGAAAAGAGAAAGAGAAGCAGGAAGAACUCCUGAAGAUGCAAAUAGCAGAUGUACAGGUUGUCGAGGACGAUUUCCCUGCUAUUGUAUCAAGCCAAGAGGACGUUUCUUUCAUAGACUCAAAAGCUCGGGUCUUUUGGGAGAGGGUCUCUAAGGCACUUCGCGAAAUCGAAGACGCUCGAGCAAUCCACGGUUUGAAACAUCGUACACUUGGUAAGGUUCUCAACGACGAGAUUCCAGAGGACAGAUCCUUAUCUUUCCUCGCAUCGUCGAGUUCCAAUAUAUCAGUCAGAUGGCAGCAAGGAAAAUUUAUUGGAGCUGGGGCUUUCGGAUCUGUGUAUCUGGCUCUCAACCUAGACUCUGGGUCUCUAAUGGCUGUCAAGGAAAUCAAAUUCCAGGAACUCUCUGGUUUGCCCAACUUAUUUGCACAGAUCAAAGAAGAACUUAGUGUUAUGGAGAUGCUUCAUCACCCCAAUGUUGUCGAAUAUUACGGUAUCGAGGUUCAUCGCGAUAAAGUUUAUAUCUUUGAGGAAUUUUGCCAAGGAGGAAGUUUGGCUGCUUCGCUGUCGGAGCAUGGACGAAUUGAAGACGAAACACUCAUACAGGUCUAUACCAUGCAGAUGUUAGAAGGUCUAGCCUAUUUGCACUCUCAAGACAUUGUGCAUAGAGAUGUCAAGCCAGACAAUAUUCUAUUGGAUCACAUGGGCGUCAUAAAAUUUGUAGACUUCGGCGCUGCAAAGAUUCUUGCUAAGAAUCAGCGUACUGUCCAGAGAUCUCGUCGACUAAUAGAUGUGUCGAAUGCAAACCUGUCGGUCAACGUGAAUGGCUUAGGUGCAAUGAGCAAUGGUCUCACUGGAACCCCAAUGUACAUGUCCCCCGAAGUUAUCAAGAACGAUAAACGAGGACGCCAUGGAGCAAUGGAUAUAUGGUCACUUGGCUGUGUGGUGUUAGAAUGUGCCACAGGCAAAAAGCCUUGGAGCAAUUUGGACAAUGAAUGGGCAAUUAUGUUUCAUAUUGGUGUAGCAACACAGCACCCACCACUUCCUGAACCAGGACAACUAAGCGAACUAGGUAUCAACUUCAUCAAGCAAUGCUUAACAAUCGAUCCUGUUCGAAGACCGUCUGCAGCAGAGCUUAUGAACCAUCCCUGGAUGAUCGAAUUCCGGGAGACUCUAGAACUGACAAUGGAUCAGCCUGUUAUACCUGAAGGGAAUUAUGAAGGCGCCACAGUGGCGCGCCAGGCAGCCAUUGUACACGAGCAAGAGAUCGAAUUGAUCAGAAGCUCUACUCCUGUUACCCCGCCUUUUGAUUAG